UGUUGUGUGCAACUUGGCUUCAAUUGCUUUACCACGAUUUGUUAGGGAUAAGGAUGUUCCUAUUGAGUCACAUCCAUCAAAGUUGGUUGGAAGCAUAGGAUCAAAGAACAGAUACUUUGAUUUCUAUAAACUGGCUGAGGUUUGCGAUUUAAAGGAUUUAUUAAGGUUCUUGAAUUGGAUGUGGGAGGCGCUGAGGAUGAGCAAGAAUGACCUUAUCCAGCAUGCGGGGCUCGAUUCUGUUAUCUUUUUUAGGAUCUACAUUCUCGGGUUCUGGUUUCACCUGUCAAUAGAAUACUUGUUCACCAUAUGGACUUGCUACGUCGUUUACAAGGAGUAUGGACAUAUAGCCUUCAUGAGAUUGCAUUUUAUAGCAUCUCAAGAUCGUCAUGCUGCUCAGUUCAAUGUAGUUGUCAGAAAUAUCCCACAUGUUUCUGGCCACUCUAUAUCAGAAAGCGUGGAUCAGUUUUUUCAACGGAACCAUCCUGAACACUACCUUGGCCACCAGAAAGGAUUUCUUGGGCUUUGUGAUGUAAGAACGGAUGCAAUUGACUACUAUAGUGAAAGCAUCUACAAAAUUGACAAAUACUCACUGGCGAAUCUCGAUGGUCUGGAAAAGGUGGCUCCUUUCCUCAGGCCUGUGAUAGAGAUAUGCAAUUGCUUCCAAGCGAGAAAACCUGCAAAGGGAGAUGGAACAGCUGAUAGUAACAAAACAUAUGCCUUGCAUGGAUGAAUAACAUCACACUCAGUCUUCUGAUGAUUCCCAAAAACAUCUGAGAAGAAGCUUGGUUAUGUUCUUGUUAUCGGAGCAACAAACAAACAAAAUGCAAUUGACCAACCUUUAAGGAGAGCUGGACGUUUUGAUCGUGAGAUUUCUUUGGGUGAACCUGAUGAAAAAACCACUGCUAGAGAUCUUGUCAGUUAUUACUCGAAAAUGUAAAUGUGUGUUUUGGAGAGAGUGGAGUCAAUGAGAUAUAGUUUUAUAUAAUAAUUAUGUCCUUUUGAACU